AUGGAUAAAGAGACAGAUGGCAGACUCGAAGGACUGACCAACGGACUGACUAACAAAACUUCCCGCACCAGCUUCUCAUCACCCAGCUCCUCCCUCACCAGCCUCCCACCUUCCAGCUACUCCCACACCGCCCUACCACCACCCGGACCCUCCACUACCACCCUCCCGUCACCCAGACCCUCCCCCACCAGCCUCCCACCACCCAGCUCCAGCCCCAUCAACCUCCACCCACCCUGCUCCUCCCCCACCAGCCUCCCAACGCCCAGAUCCUCCCACAUCACCCUCCUACCACCCAGAUCCUUCCACACCACCCUCAACCCACACGUGAGACUUGCUGACCGGAGGCAGCAGGAACUUAUUCAGGCAGUCCGGCAGAGCAACCAGGAAACACUGUUCGCCCUCAGGAGUGUUGCCUGGAACCCACAGCCACACCACUCCAGUGUUCAGCGACAGUUGAUUGGGCCUCCACAGCUACCUGUGUACCCGCCCUACCUGCAAGUCUUGCCACCCACGCACCCAGCUCACCAUGGCGCCGCCUACCGGGUCGAGAACCUGGUCACCACUAGGGCUGUAGCGUCUGCCCCCGAACAACUGCUCCAGCCCCGCAGCAGGACAUGGCACUACCAGCGGCAGUUCCUGUACACCUACGUCGGCUUGUGGAACACUCUCCUUGCCUCGCAGCAGCACCUUGAGGGCGUGACUCUGCAAGGCUUCAAGGAGUGUGCGCACCAGUGGCUAAUGGCAGGUUGA